CUCAGUGAGUAAAGCCAGUCCCACUCUUCUCUCCACUGACAGAUACAGGCUUCAUGACCCGAGGGAGUAUGUAAAGAUACACUCGAAAACAAAGGCUCACCAACGAGAAUAUUUUUUAGAGCGCGAAAUUCAGAGUCCAAAUAUCAGUCACUAAAGAAGAAUCGAUUACUAUCGGACGCAAGAGCGAACAGUCUGGAAAAACUGCAACCCAAUUACAAGUCUGUGUUUAUCUCAGUAAUGUUUUCCUACCACUCUUUCCUGCUGCUGCUGCUGCUCAGUAUCUGCAGCCUGACUGCUCCUUCAUUGGCUCUGCCCUUCGAGCAGAGAGGAUUCUGGGACUUUGGCAUGGACAGUGAUGGGGGAGAUCUGACAACGGUAAUAAUGAGAGAUGAAGAGGGUUCAGCUAUGGAGGAGCUGCCACCAGAUGUGCCCUUAUGCCCCUUUGGUUGCCAGUGUCAGCUCAAAGUGGUGCAAUGCUCAGACCUAGGUUUGACUGCAGUCCCCAAGCAGAUUCCCAUAGAUACCAAACUCCUGGACCUACAGAACAACCGCAUCACAGAACUGAAGGAGAAUGACUUCAAAGGACUUGCAAACCUCUAUGCCCUGUCACUGGUCAACAACAAGAUCUCCAAAGUCCACCCACGAGUCUUCAUGCCACUCAGACACUUAAAAAAGCUCUAUUUCUCCCGGAACCUCCUGACAGUGGUACCCAAAAACCUGCCCCCGUCCCUGGUGGAGCUGCGUAUUCAUGAGAAUCGUAUUAAUAAGGUUGCAGAGGGAACGUUCUCUGAUCUGGGCAGCAUGAACUGCAUUGAGAUGGGCGGUAACCCCAUUCAGAACAGCGGCUUUGAGCCUGGUGCUUUUAAAGGCCUGAAACUCAACUAUCUGCGCAUCUCUGAGGCCCAACUCACUGGAAUACCUAAAGACCUCCCUGCCAGUCUUCAUGAGCUCCACUUGGACAAUAACCAGAUCCAAGCCAUUGAACUGGAGGACCUGAGACACUAUAAACUCCUGUACAGAUUGGGUUUGGGUUACAACCAUAUCCGGAUGAUUGAGAAUGGCAGUCUAUCAUAUGUCCCAAAUCUGAGGGAGUUGCAUUUGGAAAACAACCGCCUGACCCGCAUCCCAAGAGGCCUGCCAGACAUGAAGUACCUGCAGGUGGUCUACCUUCAUUCUAACAACAUAAGCCAGGUGGACACAAAUGACUUCUGCCCUCGAGGCUUUGGCAUGAAAAGGACCUUCUACAAUGGCAUCAGUCUAUAUGGCAACCCAGUUAACUACUGGGAGGUGCAGCCUGCCACCUUCCGUUGUGUUAGUGACCGUUUGGCCAUUCAGUUUGGAAACUAUAAAAAAUAGAGAAAGGAUUAUGGAAUGAAUAUGGGAACAAGUAAUGCUGGAAUUGAAGCAAAACAUGGAAAAAAAAUUGAUAAAAUACAUUUGGGGUGGGGGGGUGGGGGGGGUAAAGUGUGCCGAAGAAGUUUACCAUGUACCCUUGGAUGUGAGAUCUACAGGGAAAAAUAGAAGGUGCAAGAAAAAUAAGUAUUGGAAAUUUCAAAAACAAACCUAAACUUUAUAAAAGAAUUGCAUCUAUUUUAAAUAUGUGGAGAAUGCAGGGAAAUGACGAUAUGUGAGGUCUAUUUGCAAAAACAAAUAUUGGCCAUUGUUUUGUAAGUGUUUCACAGAAAGUCUUACCAAUAUAUUAUGUUUUCUUUUUAAGGGCUCUUUGUUUGCUCGACAUUUCCAUAAGUAAAAUUAUUGUUAUGUGCUGUUAUGUUGUUAUUAUUUUAUAUCAGUUUAUUUUUUAUUAUCAGUGGUAAAGUUUAAUUGGGAUGUUGGAAUAAAAAAGGUUGAAUAUAGAUUUUAAAUUCAUGGUGCUUAAUAAGUGUACCUUUGUGUUGUUUGUCAAGUUAUGCCUUAUUUUUGUGUCUUUGCAUUGCUUCCUUGCUUCAGGUGUCUUUUUUCUUGUGGGAGUGCUUUAGGGCAAUUGAGGAACUGAGUGCUGUAUGGUGUUAUAUGGUAGAUACACAAUACAGUUUUCUCUCCAAGAAUAAGUCAACCAAAUGCCUCACAUCCUUAUACCCACCCACAUUACUUAGCUUGUGCCAACUUGAGUUUGAGGCUGAUUCAUAAAAGGAUUGUAAUGUUGUAUUGUUUUGCACAGUUUCUCUACAAAUUCCAAAUCUUUUCUUUGUAGGGUUUUGUUUUUCUAAUUUUGUCUUUUUUCGUUUUUCGGCUGAAUUUGGCAGUGAAACUGCAUGCAUAUACUGUUCCCUUCACUGUCACAUGUUCCAAUAAAUCAUUUUUCAACUUGA